CACUUCCAGUUCUUAUUUCUCCAAAAUGCUUGUGAAACCAACAACAUUAUGAGAAACCCAAGAGAAAGUCGUAGAAUGAUCGGAGAGUGAAGCGGCCGCACAUACUAUGGGGAGGUCAGGGAACUGGGGCGUUAUUUCUCUCCGGAUUUGCCUCUUUUUAUGGCUCCAACCAGCACUGUCAAUAUCAGGGCCUGUAAUUGGAUCAGAGGGGGGAAGAGUGCUGUUACCCUGCACAUACUCUGUUACUAAGGGUACAAUCACCAUGUGUUGGGGGCGAGGGAGCUGCCCAGCUUCCAAAUGUAACAAUCAGAUCAUCCGGACUGAUGGCAGAGAAGUGACCUGGAAGGCAUCAGAGAGAUACGGACUAAUGGGGAGCCUGACACAGGGGAACGUGUCUCUGACCAUCACGGGACUGACCGGCAGUGACUCAGGAACUUACUGUUGCCGAGUGGAGACCCCAGGUUGGUUCAAUGACCAGAAGGUUGUGGUGUCUCUAGAGGUACAUGAAGCAGCGAGUGAGGAUUCAACUGCAUUUGCUACAACUUCCUCUCUGACAAACAUGGCUCUGGAAUAUACAGAACCGUUUGAUCUGGAAACUAAGCCUGAGGCCAACACCCUGCCAAGUAUUAUAAUGGGGUUGUUCCUGUUGGUGCUCCUGGCUGGGCUGUUACUGUACCUGUACACAUGGAGAAACCACCCAUGUAGAAGCACAAGUAACCUCGGUGACUCGAGCCUCAGUGCCCUGGAGAAUGCAUUGAGUCCAGCGCCAGAGAAUGUUUAUUAUAUUAAAUUUGAAAACCUAUGAAGAUUUAUGCUGUAAAAUGAAGUGCCCCUUGUUAGGCAUCCAGUGUACUCCCCCCCUGACUGUCACCGGACUCAGCCUGGUGCUGAAUAUUCUCAUUAGUUUUGAAACCCACACCCACGGCAUGCUGGGAAAACACUAACAGACGCAUUUUCAAGCUUCCUCACUGAAUGAGCCCCACCCAGAAGCUCUUUUUCUACCCUCACAAUGAUGGAGGCGACAUUUCACACUCCCAGAAAGACAAUCAUUUGAGGAAAAAAUGUAAAAUAAAGUCCCAUAUUAAACAAGAAAUUGGUGUUUGUGUGAAUGUUGCAAGAAAUAUGAUAUAGGCAGAGAGCUGUAUUAGAAUCCAAUUAGAAUCGGCCCGUGUAUGGGCACCUUUACUUCCUAUACAAAUCUGUGUACAGUUUCCCUGCUUUCAAUGUGAUGUUUACGUCUAGGAAACACAAUUCACUAUCUGACCAUUCAUAUGUGAAAGUUAUUGUUGAAUGGCUUACAUUGGCCUUCUGCAUCAUUAAAUGCAACAGAUCUACAGGACUUUGCCAAAACAGGAGAAUAUCAUCCACAAAAGGAAAGUACGAAUGAAUAUAUUGGCUAAA